ACACCCACACCCACACCCACUCCCUCCUGCAGCCCCACCGCCCCCACCAUGGCCGCGUCCACCCUGUCCGUCUGCUCCAGUGACCUGAGCUAUGGCAGCCGCGUCUGCCUGCCCGGGGCCUCGGACUCCUGCCCCGACUCCUCCUGGCAGGUGGACGACUGCCCAGAGAGCUGCUGCGAGCCCCCGUGCUGCGCCCCGGCCCCCCGCCUGACCCUCCUGUGCGGCCCCUCCUCCCCCUGCCAGGGAGACUGCUGCACCCCUGCGUGCUGCAAGCCCGUGUGCUGCACCCCUGCGUGCUGCAAGCCCCUCUGCUGCACCCCUGCGUGCUGCAAGCUCCUCUGCUGCACCCCUGUGUGCUGCAAGCCCGUGUGCUGCACCCCUGUCUGCUGUGAGGACUCCCCCUGCUCAGCCCCCUCCUGCUGCAGACCCUCCUCCUGUGUGUCCCUGCUCUGCCGUCCCGUGUGCAGGCCUGCCUGCUGCACCCCUGUCUGCUGCAAGCCUGUGUGCUGCACCCCUGUGUGCUGCAAGCCCGUCUGCUGCACCCCUGCGUGCUGCAAGCCCCUCUGCUGCACCCCUGUGUGCUGCAAGCCCGUCUGCUGCACCCCUGUGUGCUGCGAGGACUCCCCCUGCUCAGCCCCCUCCUGCUGCCAGCCCAGCCCCUGCUGCAGACCCUCCUCCUGCGUGUCCCUGCUCUGCCGCCCCGCGUGCCCCCGCCCCGCCUGCUGCACCCCUGCCUCCUCCUGCUGCCGCCCGGCCUCCUGCGUGUCCCUGCUCUGCCGCCCUGCCUGCUCCCGCCCUGCCUCGGCCCAGAAGUCCUGCUGCCAGUGAUGUGGCCAGCCGUCACUGUGGGGACCCCCAGCACUCCCACCUACCAGCCUCCCAGCUGCUUUGGGGUCUGUCUCUUAGGCCCCUGUGAAGUAUAGACAGCAGCCCCUCCUCUCAGGCCUGGGUGGGAGGGGGUUCCCACCCAACUCAGGAUGACUCUUCCCACCUUCCUGCCACACUCCUUCCGGGGUCCCAAUGGUCAUGACUUGCGACCACGUCCGAAGCGCAGGCCACAAUGGCCUCCCCUCCUCGGAAGCUGCUUGGGGAAACCUAAUAAACGUGCUUGCAUUAA